AUGCCUCUUCAAAUUCGGCCAGCUGUCCCACAAGACAUACCCGGCAUGGGCAAGGUCUACUACUCAGCCUUUGGUGACACCAUCAUCGGAAGCCGUGUCUUCUGCGCAAACAAAGAAGCAUCCGAUCAAUUCUUCCUCAAAAGCUUCGCAGAGGACAUGGCAAACCCCAACUGCAAAGUCAACGUCGUCACCCACAAAACAUCCCCAGAGUCAAAAGACGAACAAGUAGUCGCAUUGGCAAAGUGGAAUCUCCCCGGAGCGCCGAUCCAAGACGUCCCACCAGCCGAAGUCUGGCCCGCCGACGGAGAUCUAGCCGUUGAAUUUUUCGGUACCAUGACAGAAGGCCAUCGCAGAUUUAUGAGCGAUCGGCCUCACUACCAUCUUGAAGUUAUCUGUGUUCACAAGGAGUGGCAGGGUAAAGGAGCAGCCAGUCUACUUAUUCGCUGGGGUGUAGAACGUGCGGACGCCGAGGGUCUGCCGUGUUUUCUUGAGGCUACACCAAAGGGAAGACCGAUAUAUGAGAAAUACGGAUUUCAGAUGAAAGGGGAGGAUGUGUUUGAGUGGUCGUUUGGAAAGUCUGUGGAGACGUACAUGGAGCGUGAUGCAAAGGUAGAGAAACGGAGCAUGACGCGGCCCAAAUCCAAGGAACUGGCUUGA